CAACUGUACUGGGAGUAGCGCGUCACUCCUGUCUGUCAUCAGUCAGUCGCUCAUCCCGCUAGUAACGAUCCUAGUUUUUGAAAGGUUACCAUAGAGAGGAAAGAUACGAUGUGUGUUAUACCUGUGAUGCUGUGCUUGUUAGUUCUCAAGUUUGAUUAGCGAAGAGCAACCAAAACGUCUAUGGUCAGCGAAACGGAAGCUCGGAUGAUUUUUAGAAACGAGUUGAACAAAGUUGCCUAUGAUUUCCAAGCAAAUUUGAGGGAUAAAAUCACGAGCCUUGAAAUGGAUAUGUCCUCAAAGUUUGUAGAAUUUAUGUCAGAGAUCACCGAGUCCCAAGAUACUGCAUCAGAGUCACUGAGGAGGGAGUUGUCGGAGAAAGUGGCCGAUAUGUUAGAGAAGCUGAAUAAGGUUGUGACUUAUUCAACGCUUAAGAUUCAAGACCUCGGCGACCAGUUGAGUAAAGUGUUAACGUCAUUGGGGACUUGGACGGAAGACCUAGACUCAGCUGUAAUAUUCAGUCAUGACGAAUACCUGAAAGCCACGCUGUACAACUCGGAGUUUGCCGACAGCGACAGAAGCAGGCGUCACACCUUGGAUUGGAUGCCAAGGAUCCCCACAUGACUAUGCUGAGACCAUCUCCAACUCAGACCCACUGGUAGUCCCGCUUGUCCAAGAAGUUGGUCUUGAUGCUUUCUUGGACUACAUUAAUGUUGAGAGUGGUCACGUGCGAGAUGACAGCACCCCGUUUGUACUUCGGCAAUACGCCUGUGUGUGGGACACCCAAACGACUCUACCCACGUCUCACCAUACCACUAAGGAUGUGACAAAAAUUCCCAUGGACUGCCUCGACCUAUUAACUGAUGGUCACACUCAGGACGGUGUAUAUAAAAUCUACCCAGCAGGUGUAGGCGUGGAGGUGUGGUGUGAGCAGAGCAGUGCGGGCGGUGGUUGGACGGUGGUGGGUGGGCGGCGGGUGGCCCACCAAGUCAACUUCACCCGACCCGCCUUUCACUACACCCGCGGUUUCGGCGACCCUGCCGCUAACCACUGGAUUGGGGUGGAGGUGAUGCACGCCCUCACCCGUCACGCCCCCAACACACUUCGGGUUCAUUUGGUCGAUCACUUACAGCAAUCCGCUAACGCCACCUACAGCAAUUUCAGCGUUGGGGGACCAGAGGACCAGUACCGGCUUCAGGUAGAGGGUUACGACCCCUCCAGCACAGCCGGAGACGCCCUCACUCCACACUCCGGGGCGCCAUUCUCCUCGCCCUUGCAUCUCUCAGGAAACAAUUGUAGCAACGAGCUAGGUGUGGGCUGGUGGUUCAUGGACGCCCCGGACUGCUACUUGGCUCUUCCCACGGGUCACUACCACACUCCCGGCCACUACCAGGGCACAGGGGUGUGGAGUGGCGACCCUGGCGUGGUGCUGGGUACUCCCUCCACACGUUCCUCCUCAUGACCCGCCGUCAUACUGUCUGAUGACCCCUGACUUCUGUGUGAUAACCUUAUGACCUUUAAACCCAUGUAAUGACCUUAUAACACAUCUGAUGACCUUAUGAUCUUUAAACCCAUACAAUGACCUUAUGACCCAUGUGGCGACCUUAUAACCCAUGUGUUGACCUUAUGACCCAUGUGAUGAUCUUUUCACCGGUUUGAUGACCUUAUAACCCAUGUGUUGAUCUUUUCAUCGGUUUGAUGUAAUGUGAUGGCCUAUAACUUCAUAUGAAAACCUUUUGACCUCAUGUAAUGACCCAAUAACACCGUGUGGUGACGAAGGCAAGCAUUAACUCUGCAUGCUUCCCUGGUGGGCGCUGUAAACGUUUUUGCGCUUCACCCUGCACAGGAUGUAAAGAGGUCCCCAAUAAAACUAGCUUCCUUGAGGGGUAAAUCUGAAACCGUGUGAUAACCUCAGGCCCCGUAUGAUGACUUAAUGUAAGCACAUCACACGUCGCUUGAGACUACGUAUUAGUACAUCACACCAUCAAAGAUUCUCACGGGGUAAUCAGGAAUGCAAACAAGAUCCACAUAUCCUGAGCACUGGCAGGAUAUUUCCACAUUCAUAUCCUGACAACGGAUUUCCACCCUGACACAUGGCACGUGGGAUUCACCAAAAAAUUAAGAGGAAUUACAAGCUUCUGUUUAUUAUAAUGUAUAAUCUGAAUACAGUAUAGCUUUC